AUGAAGGAUCGGGCCAGAAGACCACAAUCCGAUGAGUAUCAGCUGCUAUGGACAGAGCAACCUCGAAAUGUCCUUGUCAUUAAAAAGAAAAAUGACACCAAGACAACCGAGGCCAUGAGGGCAGUGAUAAGAUGGUUUGAGAAAAAUCAGCCUGCAGUGAAUAUUUUAAUAGAAAAAGAAUCCAUACCAGACAUUAGUACUCAAUCGCAAUCUGCCAACUCAAUACAUGUGAUUGAAGGUCGCACUGGAGAGCAGUCGGAUCUGUUAUCUGCAGUGGAUUUUGUUGUUACACUGGGUGGUGAUGGCACGUUAUUGCAUGCAUCCUCACUUUUUCCAUAUCGUGUUCCGCCCAUCAUAUCGUUUUCUUUGGGAUCGGUUGGGUUCUUGUUGCCGUUUGAGUUCUCGGAUUAUCAGAUUGCAUUGUCACGCAUGUUUGGCAAAGAAGGUGUGCCAGUUAUGAACCGGAUACGUCUUGCAUUUUCGCUGUAUGACAGCAAAGCAAACAAGAAAUUGUUUAAAGAUCUUCAAAUUAUGAACGAGUUGACGGUUCACCGUGGAAAGCAUGCUCAACUUACUGCGGUCGAUAUUUUUGUUGGUAACCAAUUUUUGACUGAUGUUGUUGCUGAUGGGUUGAUUAUAUCCACGCCUACUGGAUCGACGGCAUACUCACUCUCAGCAGGCGGCCCAAUUGUGCAUCCGUCUGUUCAAGCACUUUUGCUCACACCCAUAUGUCCUAGAUCACUAUCAUUUAGACCCAUUGUUCUCCCUGCAACUGCUGAAAUACGCAUAAAACUUUCUUCCAUGGCGAGAGGAGAUGCAGAAGUGACGGUCGAUGGCCGUGAUAUGUGUUUACUUGAGCCCAACCAUUACAUUGGUUUACGACUCUCAGAGUAUUAUAUUCCUUGCGUCAGUCGUAUUGCUGCUGGAUCAGGUUGGGCAGACGACAUUAAACAAACUCUAAGAUGGAAUCAGAGUUUUUUGAAUGCUGGAUUGUUUUCGUCCAGUUCUAAAUGA